UUUUCUUAAUCAGACUGUUUUUUGGUCCGAGGGAAAGGAGGAAGACGGAGAUUGUGAUGGAGAAAGAGGGUCUGUAAAACGUCAGGCACCGCACAAAGGCUUUGCCACGUAAUUACAGGCUCCUAUUAAGUCGAGAUCUGCCCUCCCAGGGGUCUCCAAUUUUCUUGUAUUCCCUACAAAGCCUCCUCUGCAUGCCAGUUUGUGCCUUUUGAAGUGCCAGAGAGCUUCUUGAUCCAACUGAGAAGGAAAAAGGAGCUCAGCAAGAAGAGGGGGAGAGAGAGAAGGGAAAAGGGGCAAACCCACCACCACCCUCCUUCGGACUCUUGAAGACCUUUUUUUUUUUUCUUUUUUCCCCUCCUUACGAAAAGUAAAGUGAGAAUCCUGCUCUCCAAUACAUCUGCAAGACAUCACCCUCUCCUCCUGAAACUUUAGUCACUCCUGAGAAUCCACAGGAGUGCAGAGAGGGGAACAAGUUUUCUUGAAGAUGUUUUAAAGCUGGAACAAGCCUCUUCUGUUGGUGCUUGAACUCUUGCCUGGGAAUAACUUUUUUAACCUUAAAAAAACCCACUUUGAUUCUUCUUCUCUCCCACCCCUUCUUCUCUCUUCUUCUGUUUGCCUAACUCCCCCGCCCUGCUGGCCUCCCCUUUCCUCUCUCCCCCUUAUUAUUUUUAGUGUGUGCGUGUGGACGCUUUUGGAGAGCUCGAAGGAAUUUUUUUCUCCUGACUUGAACAUAGGGUGACUUUUUAAUUUUAUUUUUUGGUGUGGAUUAUCUCUUUGGACCGCGCCGGACUUGGCCUCAGGAAAGCAACCGAGGCUGUCGAAGGCUGCUGGUGCAGAACGCUCUGCUCUGCAGAAGGGGGUCCCCCGCCCUCUUUUCACUUUUUUUUGUCCUUCCCCUCCUCUCUCUCUCUCUCCACUCCCCCCUCUCUCUUCCCCACUCGGCUCCUCUCCCCCCUCGCGCCCACAGCGUUUGGUGUUGAUUCGAGCGGGAAGAGGGGGGUGGGUGGGAUCGGAGGGGGAGACCAUGACCUCCAGCUACGGGCACGUUCUGGAGCGGCAACCGGCGCUGGGCGGCCGCUUGGACAGCCCGGGCAACCUCGACACCCUGCAGGCGAAAAAGAACUUCUCCGUCAGUCACCUGCUAGACCUGGAGGAAGCGGGGGACAUGGUGGCGGCGCAGGCGGACGAGAGCGUGGGUGAGGCGGGCCGGAGCCUACUGGAGUCGCCGGGACUCACCAGCGGCAGCGACACCCCGCAGCAGGACAAUGAUCAGCUGAACUCAGAGGAAAAGAAGAAGAGAAAGCAGCGGAGGAACAGGACAACCUUCAACAGCAGCCAGCUGCAGGCUUUGGAGCGUGUCUUUGAGCGUACACACUACCCAGAUGCUUUUGUGCGAGAAGACCUGGCGCGCCGAGUGAACCUCACCGAGGCCAGAGUGCAGGUGUGGUUUCAGAACCGAAGAGCCAAAUUCCGCAGGAAUGAGAGAGCCAUGCUGGCCAAUAAAAACGCUUCCCUCCUCAAAUCCUACUCAGGAGACGUGACUGCUGUGGAGCAGCCCAUUGUACCUCGUCCUGCUCCAAGACCCACCGAUUAUCUCUCCUGGGGCACAGCCUCUCCAUACAGAUCCUCGUCCCUCCCAAGAUGUUGUUUACACGAGGGGCUUCAUAACGGAUUCUAACGGAAGACACUGAAAAGCGCCAUGGCUACUUACUCUGCCACAUGUGCCAACAAUAGCCCUGCACAGGGCAUCAACAUGGCCAACAGCAUUGCCAACCUGAGACUGAAGGCCAAGGAAUAUAGUUUACAGAGGAACCAGGUGCCAACAGUCAACUGAGGAAAAAAAUAAAUAAACAGGCCUAAGAAGAAAUCAAAAACCAUAAGACACCUAUCCUGCUUGUCAUUUCUUCAUCUGCUGGAAAAAAAAAUAAAAACAAACAAACAAACAAAAAACAGAAGUAAAAUAUUGGGACCAUGGCAGAAAAAAGCAGGAGAGGAGCAAAAUGAAAAUUAGUUCAAUGUUCCUCCUCCCUCUGGGAUACCACCACCACUUGUUUCUGUGUGUGUUAAUUUUGUUUUUCCUUCUAUUCAUGCGCUUUGCUUUAUAUACUCCGAGCUUCUUCUGUUAGGUUCAGGCUACCCAACCCCAUGUUGUAUGGGUUUUAAAAAAAUCUACAGCGGCCAAAGAAACCAUAUAUAUAUUCAGAACAAUGUCUAUAGUCUCCUCAAUGACCUGUUUGAACCUCAGUGCCUUACCCUAUCCUUCUUCCCAAUUCUCUGUAUAGAAGCUUUAGGAACUUCUGAAAAGCCAAAAUCUUUCUGAAGAAUCUGUGCCAGACGUGAUUCCCUUUCUCAUUAUCUCCAUCUCUGUUGGUCAUGGUAAGGUUUUUCCAUCAGCUACUAGGAAAAAAGCAGUUGUGUACACCAUCUUGUCACUGGCCUCUCUGAUCCAAUGUGAUUGGCUGUGUCUGGCUAAUUCUAAGCUCUAAGCUCUAGAUUUAAGCUCUAGAUAUAAGCUCUAGAUUUAAGCUCUAAGCUAUAGAUGAUAAUAUUGCCAUCACUACCACCCCUCACCCCCAUCCAAACAAUCAGCCAUCUUAAGUUAAAGAUAUUUGUUGUUUUUGAAUGAUUUGCUGUCAUGGGCUAUUUGAUAGAAGAAAUAUUUUUCACUUGAGAGAGGGAGAGAAAUUUCUCUAGGAAAACAAAAACGGAGUUGUGAAAGGCAUGGCCUACAUCUCUUUGGUGCCUUAAGAGUAGUCAGAUGCACACUUAUAUAUAUACUGUAUAUAUUUAUAUAUUAUAUAUAUAUAUAAAAUAUUCUUGCAAGCUUGAGUUUGCAGUUUCUCAAACACUACAAAAAGCAAAUUUCAUACCGUCACCACUGUCCUUAUCUCUAUAGUGAUGAGAUGUUGUAUUAGGGAUCCUGUUUCCUUUCUUUCUCCACACAAAAUUCUCAUUAAGGCCACAGAGCAAUUGAUAGGGCAGCUGUUUGAGAACCGGUCUCGUUUCCACAUUAGGGCUUUAAAUAAAUUAGGAACUAUUGAAGCUAUAAAAAUGUCCUUGAGUGUGGAGCCUGAGCUCUGGUGGAAUGCUGAUGCGUCCUGAUCUAUCAUGGGAAUUGCACUCAGAGAGAGGAGGGAAAGCCAUUUAGUCAUCUGCCCUGUCUCUGCCAACAGGAAUCUGAAAGACCCAGGUUUAAAUGGAAUACUUAAAGGUUUGCCUAAAUUCCAAAAAUAAAAGGCAAUUGUGGGCUAUUUUUAUUUUCUAAUAUUUUGAAAUAAAGUUUAGCAUCUAGGGCUGGGAGCCGGGACUGACCUUUCUUUAUUUCUUUCUCUUUGUUUCCAGCUGUGCUUUUGUAACUUGUCAGGUGGACUUGACCAGACCACAUUUCCAUGCUGUGCCUCAGUUUACCUUUUUGCAAAAUGGGUUUAACAGUACUUACCUACCUCACAGGGGUGUUGUGAGGCUCUAUUCAUUUGCUCCUUUGCUCUUUCCUAUGUUCUCUGUAUGUCCAGCACUUUGUAGCCAUGGGAGGAAAGAGACUCUGAAAGUUCGUGGAAGGAUAUGGUACCUGGAAGCCUUGUUUUCCAGCAGGGGAAUGCUACCUUGCUGUAUGUACUUAUAACCUUGUAUUUGGAAAUGAGAAAUAGGUUUUUAUUUACAGACCUCUCAAAAAUCACAUCGUUUGACCAAAGAAUAAUUUAACACACACGGAAUAGACGUAUUUCUGACAUAUUUUCAUCCUGACCAGCUUGGUUCUAAUAAUUUUAGUUAUCAGUGGUUAAAAAGCUUUCGAUUGAUUUUGGCCCAUUAUGCCAACUUUGAGUGACACACAAGGAAUUGGGGGUUUAAGAUGCACUUUUAGCACAUUUAUUAUUCCUUGGGCAUAUCAGAUUGAGCUAAUGGUGGUAUUUUUUCAAAUAGCCACCAAUCUGAAAAUGUUAUUUCAGAUGUUGAUUCUGUACUUCCUUUAAUAACAAGAAGGAAGCCCAUCUUAUGCAUUUUGCUCUCAUCAACUGAUUCCCUCUUCUUUUAACCUACUAUUAAAACAUUUCUUACUGAAUGGUUGAUGUAGGCUGGCUGAACAACACACAUCACUUGCUUCCUAAAGAGUCUCUCGACUAGUUCUUUUGUCCCAGUAGCUGCUGCGGAUUAUCAAGUUUCAAAGGAACAGUGUAUCCUAACAGAUUAAAACAUUUCUUUGUGAAAUGAGUGCAAUCCCAGAAAUUGGUGAACUUUUGGAGUUUGGAGUUUGGGGAGAACAGCUAAAAGAGGAUUUGGGUCAUAGAGCAGGGAACAGAAAGCACUCAUGAGAAGAUUUUGCUACAAAGGGAGACUCUUAGGAGAGGAAGUAAGGAGAGAGAGGGUUAUGUGAAACAAAGUCAUGUGAAGCUUGCAUCUGGACGUCUGUUUUCAGUGGUGAACAGAGAAGCCUGAAGCUAUAACCCAAAUGGGGGUGAGACUGGGCAGUGUUACCCAAUGCCUGGAAAAGCGAGAUCUGGGAAUAUCAUAGAGUAACCAGUGCUGGUCAGCCAUAGGAACUUGCAUUGCUGUUAAUAAUACCACAAGCAUCUAUUAUCUAAGCACUCGAUCAAGUAUACACAUGGUACAAGCACUCAGUUUUGUUCAUUUAUUAUUGAUUUAAAAAAAACAGAAGUUUGAUACAUGAUUUGGAGGAGUAGCUUUCUGGCUCCUAAGCCAGGUGUAACAGAAGGCCUCAGGGCCGCAAAGUACAAAAGCAUGCCCCUGUUCCUCACCGUCAUUGUACCCAGAUACAGAUGAAUACAAACUAUCUGUGCCCCCAAGUCCUCCCCAGACAAGAUGCUGAAUUGUAGGAUACUUUGGCAGGUUAAAUCAAACCAGAAGAGGUGACUGAAUAAAAAGGGAAUGACAUUUAGGUAUAAAGAUCUCAUAAGAAAUGUAAUAUGUAAAUUAUAUCUUGCUUUAUGAUGUAAAAUAUACAUUGUUUGCGCUAGAAUAGAAAUGAUUCCUUUUCAAUAAAAAGAAAGAAUGAUGCUA